AUGUCCGACAAAAUCGCACCAGACAUUGAGACAAACCAUGUUCCCGCGCCAGCUCGUGCCAGAUCAAUCCAAGGCCUACGCUGGGUUGUCGUGGUGCUGGCCAUCCUCACCUCCACCUUCUUCUACGGCCUCGACAACACGGUUGUGGCAGACAUCCAGCCGACCGUGGUCCAUAGAUUCAACGCCAUCGACAGACUCCCGUGGAUCUCUCGUACGGGCCAGGUUUAUAGCCUAUUCGAUGUGAAAUGGACGUACAUUGUCUGCGUCGCCCUGUUCGAGGUGGGCUCUGCAGUGUGCGGUGCCGCGCCAUCCAUGACGGCGUUCCUCGUGGGCCGCACAAUCUGCGGCCUGGGAGGAUGUGGAAUGUACACGGGGGUCAUGAUGAUGCUGAGCUUCCUCACAACGCCCGAGGAGCGCCCGGCGUACCUGGGAUUGACCGGACUCACCUGGGGUCUGGGGACGGUGCUGGGCCCGAUCAUCGGCGGCGCGUUUGCCCUGCACGCGAGUUGGCGAUGGGGGCUGUACAUCAACCUGGUCUUUGGCGCAAUCGCUGCUCCGGUAUACUUUCUCAUGAUCCCGGGUCUGCAAACCACGCAAGGAUCGAUUGUCUCGCGGUGGAAAAAGGUCGAUUUCCUGGGCACCAUCUUGAUUGUCGGGCUGCUCAUCUCGUGUCUCAUGGCGAUCAACUUCGGAGGUAUCCUCUAUCCCUGGGAUAGCGGACGGAUCAUCGCGCUCUUUGUUGUGACGGGCGCCCUGGCGGUCGCAUUCGGCCUCCAGCAGGCGCUCUGCAUCGGAACCAGCCCCGACCACCGAUCGUUUCCAGUCCAGUUCCUGCGCAACCCGCAAGUCCUCCUGAUCUUCACGGCCGAGAUCUGUGCGACAACGCUCACCUUCACGCCAAUCUACUUUCUCCCGCUGUACUUCCAGCUCGUCCAGGCGGACACCGCUCUCCAGUCAGGCAUCAAGUGUUUCCCGCUGGUCACCUUCCUGGUCGUCACCAUCGUCGCCAACGGCAUGGCCACGGCGCGCUACCCCUGGUUCCAGCCGUGGUUCCUCACCGGUUCGAUCCUCGGCUUCGCCGGCGCCGUGCUGCUGUACCGCGUGGACGAAGCAACGACCGACGCACGCAUCUACGGCUCCUCGAUCCUCAUCGGGCUCGGCGCGGGCUGCUUCGUCACGCUGUGUUUUGCAACCGCCCAGACGCAGGUGGAUAAAGCGGAGAUCCCGCACGCGGUGGCGUUUAUGGCUUUUGCGCAGCAGGGCGGCGCCGCGGUCACCCUGGCCAUCUCCAACAGCGUGUUUUUGAACGAUGCCGUGCGCCAGAUGGGGCGGGUCCUCCCCCAUGUGCCUCGCGUGAGUAUCCAGAGGAUCCUCUCGGGGCUUGGGGAUGAGAUCCUCGAUUCAUUCAGCGCGGUUGAUAGGGAGAUAGUCUCGCGGACGGUCGCUGGGAGCCUCAGCAAGGCGUAUAUUGUGACGAUUGCCUGCGGCGCCCUGGCUGUUGUUCUUUCCUUGUUUAUCAAACGAGACGGGGAUUGGGAGAAGCGGGCAAAGUCUGCGGUUAGCAAUGUGCUCGGUCGGUCCACGAGAUCCAACUGACGGAGUGAGGGAGGAAUGGAUGCAAAUAGAUGAGUGGCGUUGUAUCUAGCUGUUGCCAGGGGUUACUUGAUUACAGGAAUUGUGGACGAAAAAUGGUUGAGAAUAGAUAUACCGUCGUGGAAUUGGUGCUGAUAUUGACAAG